AUGCAGGCCAAUGCCGAAAGACUCGCAAUAUUUUCCUCGCGCGAGAAACACCCCAUUCUCUGUGUGUGUGUGUGUGGUGGUGUGUGGGUGGGGUACAUGGUCCUGGCUGCUUGCAUGCUUCCUUGUUUGGGGCUUCCUUGUAAGGACUGUUUCAUGAUGAUUGAGGGUUGCUGUCUUUUCCAACCAAGUCCAUACUUUUGUUGUCGUCGUGGCGAAUUUGACGCACGGAGCGCUGGCUUGGCGUUGCGGCACUUCAGGCACGUGGCAGCGAGCGAGAGCGCGCGAGAGAAGGCAGCAGCUCGCUUCAAGGCAGUCAGUGAAGCAUACAGAGUGCUGAGCAAUGAACGUGAGCGUGCAAUCUACGAUGUGUCUGGCCGCUCGGCUGUUUACCGCUCUCGAACUGGGGAACGAACAAGGGCGAGUGCCAGCUAUGCACGCACUGAUCAGAAGUGGAGGACCUAUUCGCGAGCUGGUUCAGCCAGAGGAUUUGACAGGCGUCAGUGGUCUGCCUUCCUGCUGAGGGUUGGAACCCAACUGCCAUUCCAGGCGCUCAUCGCCACAGGCAUUCUGCUGGGUGCCCUCACUGUGGGUUCCACUGCUGAAGGCAUUUGGAACCACCUGAACCGUGGCAAGCAGUUCGCUGAUGUAAUCAAGCAAACCAAGAGAGCAACGGAGCCUGAAAGGUUGUCCACAAGGAAUACAGGCAGGAUGAAGGAGGCCAGUGAGCAGGUGGGACAACCUGAUAGCUGA